UAAAGAUGAAAGUAGGAAGCGGGAGCAUACAGCUCCGCUCCGUUUCGCACGAGAUGGGCGGUGGGUUGAAGGGUCGUCCUUGAGCCAGUUGUUUCUGAUUAAUGCCAUCCGACUUGAAGGAUACAGAUGCAGCGGCACAAAAUGCAAAUCACCCGGCGGAAUAAUCAAAUCGAGAACGAAACUGAGCAAAACGCCAUCAAAGUUGACGACGAACCAAACGGAAACUGCUCCACAAAGGCAACAGAACAGAGCCCAAGGGCACAGGACGAACAAGGUUCAGGUGUUCAGUUGGGCAGGAUUUUCCCACGACCCCAGUACCCACUACCCAGUACCACCCAAUUUCCCAGCCCAUUCAAAUUCCCCUUCGCUCUAGACAACACCCAACAACUGCCAGCCCAUAGAAAUCAACAAUCAACAAAUAUUUGCAUAGCCCCUUCGCCUCUUCGUCUCCUGGCUUGGUUCACUCCACCAGGUGACACUCCGCAUCCAUUGGCAUUUUCUAUUUACCAGGCUCAGGCGCUGUCUGCCCCGUUUUGACAGUCUAUUUCACAGGAUAUUUGUGCCACUGAACGUCGGAUGGAAAUUUGCUGAAUUGUUGCAUGUUUGCCGGAUUGCGAGACAGUGGCAUGUGGCAAAGCUUGUCUCAACUAUAUUGGAAUCUCUUUUGAAAAGCGCACUGACACGGGCGGAUGGGUGUUUCCAUGGAAAGGGGAUAAGCGAUUGAAGCUAAGCACGUUAAGUGAGAAAGAGGUGCAAAUCUAAAUCUCGUUCUCAGUUGUUUCAGUUUAUAAUGCAAU